AUGUCGAGUUCCACCGGCAAAUCUGUAUCACGAGGGCAGAAGAAAAAGCGGGAGGAUGUGAGAGCACUCGAUAAUAAUGAUCUGGCAGCUAGAGGCAACGCGUCCUUUCAGGUUACGCCUCCGACCAAGAAUGACCGCGAGAUCCCACGGAAAGAAAAAAACGAUAAACCACCGAGCAAGAAGAAAAUUUCUCACCCUAAACCCACGACACCCGCCACUAAGAACUCCUCCGAUCCAUCUGGAUUGGGUCCGGACAUUCACUACGAAGAAAUUGACAGCUUCAACACCCUCGGUACACAGUAUCCAGGUUGCAGCGAGGAUCAAUCGUGCAUAGAUGCAAGUCCAGCUUCUCAAUUUGCUUUUGCAGGCCAGGAAACCCUGAACCAAGUGUCUCAGGCUCCCGGAACGAACUCGUGGCUGUGCUGGUCCGAGCAUGAGGGCUUGUACAAUGGACCAGGCUCAAACGAUGAUGCACUUGAACAUGGGACAAGUGUUAGUUCCAGUCAGCUCACCAUGGUAGAAGCUGAAGGUCGAGGACAUCUGUCAUCGAAGUGGCGGGAAAGUAUACAGGCUGUAGUUGCUAGCGGUUCAGACUACGGUCCUGUGUCUUCAUCAACACAACCGGUGAUAAAUUCGGAAUCACGGCCUGCCACUCGCAUGGCAGUGGGUCGCACAGAAAGCUCACGCCUGAACAAGAAGCAAGACUUUUCCCAAAACGUUGCUAUUGCGCAGGAGCGUGACUACGAGGGUUGCUCUCGUCAACACACGACACAAAUAAACAUCACGCAACAUCAAAACAUUGUUCCCACAUUCUCGACAUCAGGUCGAGAGUGGCCUGUUCAGUAUGGGCGCGUGGAACCAGCCAGCGACGUGAAGGCGCCAUCUGAAUCCACGGGUUCCAAUGAGGGUCAGUACAGCCACAGGCACAAUGCAAAGUCAGCCUCAUGUAGUGCACAAAAAGUAGCAUUACUGGAGGGCAAAAUCGCAGAAUUGCACAAAAAGGUCAGAAAUGAGCAGGACGCAAGCAGAGCUGCGGCAGAAAGAGCGGAGGGUACCCUAAGCACUUUGAGACAGCGGUACCAUGAGGACCUACUCAAGGCACAGCAAGAACGACGUGAGUGUGACCAGUCGUGGAAGAAGGAGAUGGCAGACCUGCGAGCAGAUCAUUCCAGGGAGAUUGAGAGGCUGGAAAUAGUAAUCCAGGAGCAGCAACGAGACCAGGAGCUUGAGAAGCAAAGACUCGCCCAACAGCACUACCAAGAGAUCUUGGACUUGGAAGCUCAUAUUGCCGAAACAGAGAGACUGUGGAACAAUGAUAAAAAGGUUGACGCGGAAAGGUAUGAGGGAAAGCUGACAACAAUCGCUGCAAGACACAGCGAGACGAUGACGGAAAUGGCAACAAAGCAUGAUCUAGAAAAAGGGGCUAUCUGUGGAACAUACGAGGAUCAACUACAACAGGCUAGGGAGGAGUAUUCCAGAGAUGUUGACAGGCUCACAUCUUACAUUCUCUCGGACAACAUAACCAUCCCCGACGCAGACCUCGGCAUCGCUUUUGAGAGAAUCUCCCAGGGGAUCAUCGAUCUUUCAUGUUGCAUACAGCAAGAGAGCUACGUGGUCGAUGCAGCCCUGGAUCCGACUAAUUUCCUCGGCCACGGCCGCGGCGAGUUACGAAGCUGGAGCUGGCACAGGCUCUUUAGAAACAUCUGCUGGGCGACAUUGGCCCGAGGGUUCUUCUCCUACCCUGGCGGGUUGGGUGCGCUAGGGAAGGAUGGUAGAGGACAUGAGACAAUCUAUCCCUACUAUGAGUUAUGUUCAGGUCAGAAGGAUGGAGUCCUCUCCUCAUUAGCUCUGCAAACAUGCUUGGACAAAGAGACAAGCUUCUCCAAAGCAUGGCUACUAGGCAAGAUCCGCGACGGGAUUCGUGCCUUGAAUGAUCCGGCAAGCGACAAGACACAAUUCAUCACACUGUUUGAGGAGAAUAUAGAGUCUGUCACCCGUAGCUUGGUGGACGUCCUGGAGAGGGCCAGUGGCGGCAAGUUGAACCCCGAGAGAGUAAGGGAGGUAGCAUCCAUAUCCCGACAAAGCGGUCUUCUGGCGCUGGACAUGGGCUCUCAGCGAGCGCAGAUUGUCAUGCAAUGCUGCACACAUGAGGAACGGCUUGUGUGGGGUGCUGGCUUUGAGUGCGAAUCACCGCCGGUCGGCCUGGAAACGGCCCGGUUGGGCCUGUUGACAAAGCCUUGUUUGAAGCGAGUGGGUGAUGGACGCAAGGACUUCACGACGGAGACGAUGAUUGUGUGUGGCACGUUUGUGCACAGCAGGUCUGGCUGGGCCCAGAUGUGA